AUGUUUGCGGAUGACAUGAAGAUAUGGAGUGUAAUUCGGGGUCCUGCUGAUGAAGACAGACUGCAGAUGAACCUGAAUCGGUUGGAGGAGUGGUCAAACCGUUGGCUCCUGCGGUUCAACGUUGCCAAAUGUAGCAUACUUCGCCUAGGCAACACAGCCAGAUCCGCCAGCACAAGAGGCUACUUUCUGGGCGGUGCAGCCCUACAAGAGGUCGAAGCCCAAAAGGACCUCGGUGUGCUUACGACGAGUUCCCUAAAACCAUCCGCCCUCUGUUCGAGGGUGGCAAAAAGCGCAAUGUCCGUACUGUACGCCAUCAAGCGUGCGUUUAUGGACUUUGACGAAGAAGCUUUCUCUAAGACAUUCGGAAAAUUCGUCCGGCCGCAUUUAGAGUACGGCAUACAAGCUUGGAGGCCGUGGGCUGUUGUGGAUCAAAACUGCCUCGAAAGAGUCCAGAGGAGAGCCACGAAGAUGGUCAGGGGUCAAAGCUCCUUUCCUUAUGCAACCCGCCUAGUAAAUCUGAACCUCUUUUCUUUGAAUUACAGGCAACUUCGCGGAGAUCUCUUGCAAGCCUUCCGCAUUGUAAAGGGGUUGGAUUGCAGUCUGGCCUUCGAGGACUUUUUUGAAUUUGCUACCACGACCAACCUCCGAGGUCACCCGUUAAAACUGCGCACUCAGCAGGCACGGCUGGAUGUGCGGAAGUUCUCCUUCUCGGUUCGGGUGGUCAAACCGUGGAAUGAGCUUCCCGGAGAUGUUGUGAUGUCACCAUCCAUACAAAGUUUUAAAAAGAAUCUUGACAUAUUUAUGUUCCGAAAUGACCAAGAGCGAUGA